AUGAGCGCCGAAAUUCGGCUACCGCGCACCGUAUGCCAUGCCCACACCACACUGUCCAGGACCCGCACUGCUGCGCCGUACCGCGCUGCCACAAAGACAGCCAUUCGGGGCGUACGCCCGAGCCGGCGAGCCGCCGACGGCGGCCGCUCAGCUGCCCGCGACGCCAGCCGCGCACGGCUUGCGCCGGCCGCCCGGACGGCCGCCCGCGUGCCGCCAAGCCCCGCCGGCGCCCGCCCCGCCGGCGGCGCGCCGCCCACAAGCGACGAGCCCCGCACCGGCAGCGGCAUCGCCAAAGACCGCGCAGGCAGCCACGCCACGCCACCGCCCGCCACCCCGGCCGACUCGCCACGCCCCGCCGCCGCCACGGCGCCACCGCCGCGCGCCGCCCCACCACGCCACCCGGCAGCCCCACGCGAACCGGCAAACCGGCAAGCGGGACCAGUGCACGCCACGCAACUCACCAGCCACGCCUGGGGCGCACCGCCACCGCACCGCACCAGCACGGGCCACCGGCCAACCGCACUCGGUGGGGUGGGGAAUGACAAAUUGCAGCGGGGUCGCGUUGCUCUUCAGGGAUGUUCAAAAUGCAGGCGCCGCUUGCUAACUGGCCGACGCCUCAGGAGAGUUUCCGUCAACCCCGGCUGGCUUACAGCGUACUGCUCGAGUCUCAAGAAAAUGAAACGAAGGACGCCAUUAAAAAAGAUAAGCAAACGGAGGCGACCUGGAAUUAGCGGAGGAUACAAUUUACCGCGUCCCGUGUCACCGUCACCCGUCACCGCCGUCACCGUCCCUGUCACCGUACCCGUCACCGUCACCCGUGCACCAGUCACCGUCACCGUCACCCCGCGCACCGUCACGUCCGCCGUCGGACCGUCGCCCGUCGCCGUCGCCGUCGCCGGCUCGCGUCGCCCGCGCCCGUCGCCCGUGCCGCUCGAGCCGUCGCCGUCGCCGUUCGCCGUCGCCGUCACCCGUCAAACCGGUCACCGUCACGCCGUCACCCCCGACGCCUUAGCGUCAACCCCUUGA